AUGCCUCAAUUGGCAAAGCAACUCACAAUGGCUUCCUCUUCCUCAUUGUUCCUCCUUGCUACCCUCCUUGCCCUGGCCUCAUGGCAGGUCACUGCCUACGAUCCUAGCCCUCUUCAAGACUUCUGCAUCGCCGACAUGAAGGCGCCUGUGCGAGUAAAUGGAUUUGCUUGCAAGGACCCAAUGGCCGCAACCCCGGAAGACUUCUUCAACGCAGCCAUGCUCGAUCAGCCUAGGGAUACUAAGGCCAGCAAGGUCAGGUCUAACGUCACCAACAUCAAUGUCAUAAAUUUCCCCGGCCUCAACACCCUCGGCAUCUCGCUGGCUCGCAUCGACUAUGGACCGUUAGGUGUGAACACACCACACAUACACCCUCGUGCCACUGAGCUCCUCACAGUGCUCGAGGGGACACUCUACCUUGGAUUUGUCACAUCCAACCCAAACAGGCUCUUCUCCAAGAUAGUUAAGAAGGGCGAUGUAUUCGUAUUCCCAAAAGCAAUGAUCCACUUCCAAAUGAACCUAGCGCAUGACAAGCCAGCAGCCGCGUUGUCCUCGCUCAGCAGCCAAAACCCUGGAGUUAUUUCUAUUGCCAAUGCAGUGUUUGGAUCAAAGCCACCGAUUUCAGAUGAUGUCUUAGCCACGGCAUUUCAGGUGGAGAAGGAUCUCAUUCACUGGCUCCAAUCUCAGUUCUGGGGGAACACCGACUACUAA